GCGCGCAUGCGCUUGGAGGCUACAAUUUCGUCAUGGCUGACACGGGCUGGCCAGGCUGUUCGAAGAGUUUGAAAGGUGUCAUAUUGGACAUGUGUGGUGUUUUAUAUGAGAGCGGGGAGGGCGACGGGGUUGCCAUUCCUGGUUCGAUUGAAGCUGUGAAAAAACUGAAGGCAUCUGACCUGCAGCUGCGCUUCUGCACCAAUGAGACCCAGGCCACCAGAGAGAAGUUUGUAGCCAAGCUCCAAAGACUGGGCUUUGACAUCUCCGUGUCUGAGGUCUUCUCUCCUGCUCCUGCAGCCGUAGCUGUCCUGAAGGAGAGGGCUUUACGGCCUCACCUGCUGGUGUAUGAUGGACUUCUCCCUGAGUUUGACAGUGUUGACAAGACCAACCCAAACUGUGUGGUGAUUGGAGACGCAGCUGAACAAUUUUCCUACCAGAACCUAAACGAGGCAUUCAGUGUCCUUAUAGGCAUGGAGAAUCCAAUGCUGUUCUCUUUGGGCCAAGGGAGGUACUACAAGGAGACAGAUGGUUUGAAACUGGAUGUUGGGGUGUAUAUGAAGGCUCUGGAGUAUGCCUGUGAUUUAAAGGCUGAAGUAGUUGGAAAGCCAUCCCCAACAUUCUUCCAGAGUGUUCUCAAUGACAUGGGGCUUCAACCGCAUGAGGCACUGAUGAUUGGGGAUGAUCUGGUGAAUGAUGUGGGUGGGGCCCAACACUGUGGAAUGAAAGGCGUACAAGUCAGGACUGGGAAAUACAGGCCCAGUGACGAGAGGAACUCAACGGUGAUGGCUGACGGCACUGUGGACAAUCUGGCUCAGGCUGUGGACAUGAUCCUCAAUCAGAGGCACUGAGUACAAUGCAGGACACUGGAACUCACCACUUACUGUGACCCUGGCUGAUAAAGGCUGGUGCCCAGCAGUGUUUUCAUAUCCAGUAGGAAGGGUUUACUGCAUUGAGGUAUUUCAAGUAACAUGUCAAAGCAGUACAAAACUAAAAUACCAUCCAAAUACUUUAUAUCCUCUUAACUGUCAGAACUCAUUGAAUUGUCAAAUAUGGGAAACAUCAAUCUGAUGCUCCACGUAGCAUGAAAUAAACUAGAAUAGAAUUUGCAGAACUAUUACUUAAGUCUACAAGAGAUAAGCUGAACACUUUAAGGCUGCACUGUGCAUUUGCCAGUACAUGGAUGGCAUAGAUAAGAUACCUCAAUUUGACACAAAUGUGCUUGUAACCAGCUGCCAGACAGUUUCUAGUCAUACUGGCUUUGCACAAUUGAAAUGCAGCUGUAGUGCAUUUUAACAUACAUUGAUAAAUGUGCGAUCAUUGUUGUUGCUCACUCCCUUUACACAAAACGUGCACAACCUUAAUAUAACGGCAGGGAGUAGUCAAUAAUGCAAGUAUUAUUAAAAUAAAGCAAUUUUUACUAGCUGUUAAAAACA